GUUGUGUAGUGGCUUUUCUAACCAUAGUCGCUUAUCCAAUGUUACGGCAGUGCAGCGCAAUACUUGAGACUAAAUUCACGCUUAUAAUAUAUAUUUUCAUGAAGUUCAAGUCAGAAUAUGUAUUUGACCAGUGUCGCAAUCUGCUUCUCUUCUGAAAGCUAGCCGCUCUAAUUACUAUGUUCUUAAGACAUUUUCUUCCGGCUCUUGCCGCCGUCGGAUUAAUAUCCGCAGCUCCGGCAUCCCUUGAAAAGCGUCCUCCGGGCCGCGUGGUCAAAGCCGGUGAACCGGUAGUGAUCGACACCAAUUCCGAAUAUGUUAGGGUUAGCUUUAUGAACGAUGGUAACCUGAUCGGCGGCUACGUCGCCAGGGAUGGAACACAAAACGUCCUGCGUCAAAUCGACCAACGGCGGCCAGUCAUGGCAGUACCUCGGCGAAGUGUUCCGGGGUGAACUUGCGACACAUGAUAUCAAUAAUGCGUUUCCUCUUCAAUUACCGAACGGCCGUAUCUUAUAUGCAUACCGGAAUCAUGACCGUGCGGGUGAUGAUUGGCAUUAUACCUACUUCCGCAUUUCUAUUUCUUACUCGGAUGACGGCGGCAAGACUUUUAAGUACCUAUCUACCGUCGAGGAACAUGUCCCAUCUGGUGUUAAUGGUCUAUGGGAACCCUUCCUACGUAUCGCGAGGGACGGUUCAUUGCAGUGCUAUUACUCCGCCGAAAACAACUCCGGCGACCAAGAUAACUUCAUGAAGCGCUCUACAGAUGGUGGUUCAACCUGGUCUAAUUGGAUCGCCGUCUCGGGAGGUGAUCGGACAUCCCGAGAUGGUAUGGUUGGUGUUGCGCCUAUUGAUAAUAAUGGAAACUUGAUUGCCGUCUUCGAGAAUACGGAAAACAGUCCCUUCUCCGUAGACUACGUAUUAUCCCACGAUGACGGUCUCUCAUGGGGAGAACGCAACCGCUUAUAUACGGCUCGCAACGGCAAGCUAGCGGGCGCGCCACAAGUGUACAACGUUUGGGGUACACUCGUAGCUAGUUUCAUGACCAACGAAGAUGCUGACGGGACGAAUGGAUACGACGGCGCGCAGAUGAAAGUCGUAACGAGUAUAGAUGGCGCAAAGACUUGGUCGGGAAGUGUGGUCACUGGGGAGGCCGCUUCGCAUUGGCCAGGGGUGUUUAAUCGCGAUGCUACGCACUUCCUGGCUUUGUAUUCAAAAGAUGGAUUAGGCGCCGUUAGUCAGUUGUAUGAACUUCAAAACUAAGUGUCUUGUAUAUAGUGGUUUGGUUGUUGAGUUGCCGUCUACUUCAAUCCGCAAUCGUAUAUAAAGUCUAUGCAACCAGACUGUGCGUACAACAUAUACAACACAGGACUUCCUACAGUUAGUUACACCUCAGUCCCCCCCAAUAUACUAAACAAUGUCUCACUUGAUAACCGGUUUCUUGUGCAUGAAGAUUUUCCAUCCAUCAGGGAAACGUAUGCGAAUUGCUUUUUCUUAGCAUCCCACAUCAAAAAAAUAUAUAUUGCAACAACCCGUAUUCAAAAUAAACAAUUAUUGGAAGAGAGUAUUCCUAGUUAGUGAUGUCUAGUGUAAACAGCUUUCGUAUAGCAUUA